AUGGUUGCGAUUAAACAUAUUAUUCUUCUUGCCCUUGGCACUGAAGCUCUUGCUGUCUCUAGUACUGACGUCGUCUGCCAGAGCAAGCUUGGAAGCGUCAGUGUCCCGGCUAGUAAGAUCCCUCGGGCAACUACUACAGUGAAGAACAACAUCACUAUUCUCAAGAAGGUUAUUCGCAAAGUUAACGUUAUUGUUAUCCCCCGACCUUGCACAACGACUGAAACCGAGACUAUUGAGGAGUCGACAACAGUUCUCGCUGAUCCUGAUGUGGAGACAGCUACUGAGAUAGUAACUGAUGAGCAAACCGAUUACGAAACACGAGUCCAUACUUCCACGACCAUUUCAACCUCUUAUACAACCACCACUAAGUUCACUUCCCUGACAGUUCCAGCACCAGCAGGCUUCACCGGCCUCAAAGAGGCUGGCGACUAUAGGGCAAGGGUCAAAGCCAGAGCGGCUCCUGCUCCUGUAGCCCAGCCCGCGGUUCUUCCACCUGGUCUACGAUCUGGCUCCCAAUACGUCCAACGAGUUGACUGUGUCAAGAGGGUUCCCAACAAGGUAACCAAAGUUACUACAGCUACAGUUAAAGGACCUCGUAUCACAUUAGAACCGAAGACAAAGACCAAGGCUGUUAAAACCACUACUACGAUUACCGAGACGAAGUAUCCCGCCAAGGUAACAGAGACUAAGACGGAGACUGUCUCCCCUACCGUCACGGAAACCGUUGACCGCACUGAGACGGCUACUAUUACCGAGACUGUCGCUGUCGAGUCAGUCGUGCCCACUGGCGAACCAUAUUAUGCGGCUUGCGCAGGAAACAUCUUGGAUGUUGCCAAUGGUGGCAACGGGGUUUCAGACAUUUCCCGCACGGUGCCUGCUGAAGGAUCAAUUAUCAUCGGCCCUCAAAACAGCUAUGCAUGCUGCGCCGAAUGCAUGAAGACACAACCAAAUGCGCUAAUGGCCAACUAUCAUGGGGCACCUACUACACCAGACCGGAUGUUACUGCUCUACGGGUUGUCCAAGCAAUUCCCGAAUUUGAAGAGCAGAAUUUCUCUCCUUCCAAACCCACCGGGCUAUCUCGCCAUCAGUGCGAGUGAUGACACCAAUAUUCCUGUCAACGUUCUUGACCAGCGAGAUUCAUUUAGCUGGUCGUACAGUCAGCUCAAAAGUCAAGGCUUCCCCGCAAGGGCUUUUGUGGAUGGCUCUUUCGACCUUCCUUACCGACUAGUAGACGGCCAGCAGGGGAUUCCCGUAUUUGAAAUCAAUGUUCGUCUCAUUGAGGGGGGAUUACUUCUUGGUAUCUACGGCCAUCAUUCUGUUUUUGAUGCUGGUCGUAUGGACAUAGUCAUCAGGUCCCUUGCCGAACUCACCAGGGAUCCAACCAAGAUGCUUGAUAUUUCACCUCCGAUCGAUAUAAACGUUGGAUCACAAACAGUUGGGAAUGAUGUAACCCAGGUGCGGCCAGUCCCCGACUUAAAAGAACUGCUUUCGCGUUGUCCCGAGUAUCGUCUUCUUUCCGCUCCUCUCGGCCCAACACAAUUCCGCAUCCCGGACGCUGACACGCAAUCGAAGGAUAUACAGAACACUGGUAGUAUUUUUGUCAUUCAAUACAAGGUCCUUCGCGAACUAAAGAAGAAGCUCGCGCAUACAACAUCCCUCGACUCCCAUGAGUACCAGCCUUCAACAUUCACCUGUCUUGCAGCGAUCACCUGGGCUCAUGUUAUCAAGGCCCGUCUCUCUGGAACCCGUAGCAUUCCCUCUUUAUCAUCAACCAAAAGGACCAUUCCGGAAGAGGUACGCCUGAUGGUUUCUGUCGACUGGCGACGACGCAUAUCCACCCAUAUCAUGAGCUCCAGCGCUGGUAACUCAAUUGUCCUACCAAUCGCCUCAAUCAACACUUCAACCAUCUUAGCAGCAUGUAACGAGGAUCAGGAUCUUGCCUGCUCCGCUCUGGCAAUCAUAGCGCGUGCCAUCGACGAGGCUGUUCUCAGCGUCAACGACGACUUUGUAGCUCUACGGACGGCUCUUUUCCGCGCAAGUCCAAACCCGCGGCUUAUCGGGCUUGACUUUGAUCUAUGUGAUCCACGGGACUUUUAUUUCAAUACUUGGCAACACUUUGGAACUCAGACUUACUGGGGGCUGCCUGGACUUGUCAAGAAGGAUUCCAGCGAGGGUAUUGCACCAGACGCUAUGCGCAGAGCCCAGGCCGGCUUCGGCAAUGGUGCCGGCUUAUUGUUGCCAACGACGGAUAGCACUAAGUUCGAGAUACUGAUAACUUUGGACGUUGAUUCGAUGGAGGUUCUGCGCACUGAUCCCAGUUGGGAACAUUGGGUUGAGCAAACCUUCAUUUGA